CGCGGGAUUUGCACGUCCGCCAUCUCUGUGUGGAGCUCGAGUUGUUGUGCGCAAGGCUGCUUGUCAACAAACCCGAAGAGUGAGACUCGCUACGCUGAAGUGGAGGCUCAGGUGUGCCUCAGUGUUCCCCGUCUUUUCCCAGAGAAGACUUUCAUGUGAAAGGAGGCUACGGCGGGGAAUAAGCCAGACAUGUCAAAUCUAAGUAAAGGCGGCACUAAGAAAGACACCAAGAUGAGGAUACGAGCCUUUCCUAUGACCAUGGAUGAGAAAUAUGUCAACAACAUCUGGGACCUCCUGAAAAAUGCCAUCCAGGAGAUCCAGAGGAAGAACAACAGUGGGUUGAGCUUUGAGGAGCUCUACAGGAAUGCCUACACCAUGGUACUGCACAAACAUGGAGAGAAGCUCUACACAGGCCUGAGGGAGGUGGUUACUGAACAUCUCAUUAAUAAAGUACGAGAGGAUGUACUGAACUCUCUGAAUAACAACUUUUUGCAAACACUGAAUCAAGCCUGGAAUGACCAUCAGACUGCUAUGGUGAUGAUCAGAGACAUCUUGAUGUACAUGGAUCGGGUGUAUGUACAGCAAAAUAAUGUAGAGAACGUCUAUAAUCUCGGUCUCAUCAUCUUUAGAGACCAGGUGGUUCGAUAUGGUUGCAUCCGAGACCAUCUUAGACAGACCUUACUUGACAUGAUUGCCCGUGAGAGGAAAGGCGAGGUGGUGGACAGAGGAGCAAUCCGUAACGCUUGCCAGAUGCUGAUGAUUUUGGGCUUGGAGGGACGUUCAGUUUACGAAGAGGACUUUGAAGCCCCAUUCUUAGAAAUGUCUGCAGAGUUUUUCCAGAUGGAGAGUCAGAAGUUUUUGGCUGAGAACAGUGCGAGUGUAUACAUAAAGAAAGUGGAGGCUCGAAUAAACGAGGAGAUUGAACGUGUGAUACAUUGCCUGGAUAAAUCCACGGAGGAGCCGAUUGUAAAGGUGGUGGAGAGAGAGCUCAUCUCCAAACACAUGAAGACCAUUGUAGAGAUGGAGAACUCCGGCCUGGUGCACAUGCUCAAGAAUGGAAAGACAGAAGAUCUGGCCUGCAUGUACAAGUUGUUCAGCAGGGUGCCAAAUGGCUUGAAGACGAUGUGUGAGUGUAUGAGCUCUUAUCUGCGAGAGCAGGGAAAAGCUUUGGUGUCUGAGGAAGGAGAGGGGAAGAAUCCAGUCGAUUACAUUCAGGGUCUUUUAGAUCUGAAGUCACGGUUUGAUCGUUUCCUUCAAGAGUCCUUUAAUAACGACCGCUUGUUUAAGCAGACUAUCGCAGGGGACUUUGAGUAUUUCCUGAACCUCAACUCCCGUUCACCUGAGUAUCUCUCACUGUUUAUAGACGACAAGCUAAAGAAAGGAGUUAAAGGGUUGACAGAGCAGGAGGUGGAGUCCAUCUUGGAUAAGGCCAUGGUACUGUUCAGGUUUAUGCAGGAGAAGGACGUGUUUGAGCGCUACUACAAACAGCACUUGGCCAGAAGACUUCUAACCAACAAGAGCGUCUCUGAUGACUCUGAGAAAAAUAUGAUCUCAAAGCUAAAGACCGAGUGUGGCUGUCAGUUCACAUCUAAACUGGAAGGAAUGUUCAGGGACAUGAGCAUAUCUAACACAACCAUGGAUGAGUUUCGCCAGCAUCUUACAACAACAGGGGUUUCUUUAGGUGGUGUUGAUCUCAUAGUGCGGGUCCUAACAACAGGAUACUGGCCCACCCAGUCAGCAACUCCCAAAUGUAACAUCCCUCCUUCACCAAGACAUGCGUUUGAGGUCUUUCGAAGGUUUUAUUUGGCCAAGCACAGCGGCAGGCAGCUCACGUUGCAGCAUCACAUGGGCUCUGCAGACCUCAAUGCCACAUUUUAUGGGCCAAUCAAAAAGGAGGAUGGGUCAGAUAUGGUGGGUGGAGCUAUGGUUACAGGCUCUAAUGCUAGAAAACACAUCCUGCAGGUUUCCACAUUCCAGAUGACGAUACUCAUGCUCUUCAACAACAGAGAGAAAUCCACAUUUGAGGAGAUUCAGCAGGAGACGGAUAUCCCAGAGAGAGAGCUUGUGCGGGCACUACAGUCUUUAGCCUGUGGAAAGCCAACGCAGCGCGUCCUCACUAAAGAGCCGAAAUCUAAAGAGAUCGAAAAUGGCCACGUAUUCACUGUAAAUGACCAGUUCACUUCCAGACUGCACAGAGUCAAGAUUCAAACAGUUGCGGCCAAACAGGGAGAAUCGGACCCUGAGAGGAAAGAGACACGACAGAAAGUGGAUGAUGACAGGAAACAUGAGAUCGAGGCAGCCAUUGUUCGCAUCAUGAAGUCCAGAAAAAAGAUGCAGCACAAUGUUUUAGUAGCAGAGGUCACUCAGCAGCUAAGGGCUCGUUUUCUCCCAAGUCCUGUUGUUAUUAAAAAGCGUAUUGAAGGACUUAUCGAGAGAGAAUAUUUGGCAAGAACACCAGAAGAUCGCAAAGUGUACACAUAUGUAGCAUGAACAAAGAGCGAAAUGAAAUCGGGCAUGAAAGAGCGUGUGAGUUUUCGGACUUUGCCACAAAUCCGACCUGGACGUUAUUUUAUUUCUUUUGUUUUUUUUAUUUGUACUGGGAAAAAAUGUUGAAUUCUAACGGAUUUAUUGUGAAUUGUUCACACAAGGCCUUUCACUGUAUCAGGUUGAACUCUAGGCUUUCACAGAAAGUCUCAGUCUCUAUAAGAGAAUUAAGGUAUUGUGUGCUUGCCUUCCCACCAAGAAUCCCAAAACUGUGAAUUAAAGAACAGGGGGGAUGAUUAGCCAACAUGUGAUGGAUGCUUAAGGCUAUUUAUAUCAUUAUGAGUUACCUUCCUAAACUUGUUUUUAUGUCCAUGUAAAUGUGUUGGUGUCUGUGGCACCUUGUUGCUUGUACAGGUUGUCUGACACUUUCGGCCACUGCGUUUGAUUCAGAGCAUGCUUUUACUCAACAAAGAGUAACACACAGUUUAUAAAGAAGAUGAGUUGAAAGCGUUUUUUUUUUUUUUAGUUUUUCUUUAACAUGUCUGACCUGGCCAAUUGUAGAGGUUGACUUGAAGCUUUUUUAAAGCCCCUCAAAUGUAGUUUAAACAGGAAUUGGGAGGGGGGUUCAGCAUUAUAAAAAAUGGAAGCAUAAUAUUUCAAUGUGUAUAAAUUGUAAAAUACUUAUUGUACUCGAUGCUGGAGUGAACUGUACAGGGCCUUGUUUUCAACAUUAAAUGUAGAAAAGACAAAAAUAAUAAAAGGAUUGGCCGUUUUGGGUCAGACUGCC